AUGGCCGAGCCCGAAGGCCCCGAGCACGACGACCACGACCGACACGACGGCGGCAUGUCCGGCUGGGGCCUCGCCAUAAUCGUGAUCCUGAUCCUCAUCGCCCUCGGCGCCCUAGGCUGGAUCAUCUACGGCCGCCUGCGAGCCCGCCGACUAGGCCUCCCUCCACCGUCGCUCAACCCGUUCGCCAACCGCUCGACCUCGACCUUCCCCUCACCUCGUACGGGCGGGGCAUUUGGCUGGCUCAGCGAUAAGGUGCGCUCGCUGCGCAACAGCAGAUACGCCAGCGGGGCCGGCUACGAGUCCACGACCAGCGGGGCCCGUGGAAGGAGCAGGCUCGAUCCGGACGAGGCGUGGGAUACGCGUGUGGGUAACGAGGCGGACGUGUAUGGGCCCGGCGGGUACUACGAGGAGCAGGAGCUGGGGCUGCAUCCGGCGGCGGCGAACGAGGGUGGCAGGGGCAGGAGUCGGAACCGUGAGCUCGAUGAGCGGUAUGAUGAGGAGAUGGGGCGGAAGCCGCGGCAGGAUCCGUUUGGGGAUACGGCGGAACGGAGCGAUAUGAGCUUGAGAGGUGUGAGUCCGAGACCCGUGGAAACGGAUACGAGUUAUCAUGGUGGUGGGGGAGGGAGUGGGCAUCAGGCGAAGGGGAGCAAAAGCAGUGGGGGAAGCUUGGAUAACAGUCCGACGGAGAGGAGGAGUAUGUUCACGGAAAACAUGUGA